AGAAGAUAACAAAAAACACAGAGAGUCAGCAUGUCUCAAACGGUGCACCUCUCGUUCCCGCACCGCGCCUUCCUCCUCUCCCGCCGCCCCCGCCGGCGGAGAAGCAGCCGCCAAGACGGCGGAGCCCCGCCGCCGCCGCCGCCGCCGCCUCCCUCCUCCUGCUCCCGCGGCUCUCCUCCACGCGCCGCCGACCACGAAGACGCCGCCAUUCCCAGGUGCGAGGCUCCGUCUCCCGUGGUUCUGGUGGAGCGGUACGGCGACGGCACCGCUAAGAGGUAUACAUUACAUGACAACUCGCUGUCGAAAAUUUCUCUUGGAAAACACAUAUCGGACGAAAAUGAAAUUGAGGGGACGCUUGCUGAUGACCUGAAAUUAGCGUUGCUACCUGAUUCCGUAAAAGAUUUUAUAUUCCCCUCGGGCUUUCCAGAGUCGGUUUCGGAUGAUUAUUUGCAGUAUAUGUUGUUACAGUUUCCCACGAAUGUCACUGGAUGGAUUUGUCACGCGCUGGUCACCUCGAGUCUCCUAAAGGCUGUUGGUGUGGGCUCUUUCUCAGGAAGCACUGCCGCUGCUUCUGCUGCUGCCAUUAGAUGGGUGUCAAAGGAUGGCAUUGGAGCUGUUGGCCGUUUACUUAUUGGUGGCCGAUUUGGGAACGUCUUUGAUGAUGAUCCAAAACAGUGGCGAAUGUAUGCAGACUUUAUUGGCAGCGCUGGAAGCAUCUUUGAUCUGACAACUCAACUUUAUCCUGCCUAUUUCUUACCGCUUGCAUCUCUCGGUAAUCUUGCCAAGGCUGUUGCGAGAGGGUUAAAAGAUCCUUCCUUCCGUGUGAUUCAAAACCAUUUUGCAAUGUCUGGAAAUCUGGGUGAAGUAGCAGCCAAGGAGGAAGUUUGGGAAGUAGCUGCUCAAUUGCUCGGUUUAGCUAUAGGGAUACUUAUUUUGGAUACACCUGGUCUUGUUAAAUCUUAUCAGUCUUUAGCAUUGACUUGGACGAGCGUGAGACUUUUUCACCUUUGGUUACGAUAUCAGUCUCUCUCAGUGUUGAAAUUCAAUACGAUAAAUAUCAAGCGUGCUCGAAUACUUGUAAAAUCACAUGUGUCAAGCUCAAAAGUUCCUGGAUGUGAUGAAUGCAAUGCAAGAGAAAAUAUUCUUGUUUGGCAAAGAUUUUUGAAGCCAUAUAUACGUUUUGGUGUGCCAUUUGAAGAGAUGAUAAGAGGUGAGAAGGCUAUUUCUCAGGUAAGUGAACUUUUGAAACUAUAUGGAAAGGAGGAAUACAUUCUUAGUGUAAAUUCAAGUCAUGAAGACUUUGAGAUCUUCAUUGCAUUUAAGGUCGGAGCUACAAGUUCAUCAGUGUUGCGGGGUCUGUGGCAAGCUAAUUGGCUGCAUGAGAACUGGGACAAUGCAGCCGAUGUAAACAAUCAGCUGGCUUUGAGCCUUUCCGAGAUGGAAAAGAGGUUCGAAGAUUUUCUGCAGCAGCUGGAUGAAGCUGGUUGGGAUAGACAUAAUAUAACUCUGAGGGUUCCGAAGGAAAUCUUGAUUGAUCAGAUUUCUGCAAUAUGACGGAUUGAGUCAUAACUGUAAAUGCUGGUCCAACAGAACGAGCCCUCGAACAAGUCAUAACUUUGGAGUCAUCAGGCUGGCAAUCUAUACUUAAGCUGGUUUCUUGGGCUAAACAGCCAGAAAUUUUGCGGCUCUUGCCUAAUCCAAGCUGCUAUAAGUAGUUUUCGAUUCUGACCUUCUAUUGCUUGGGAGGAGGAAAGUAUUCAGUUGUUGUCUGCAUAUAGAGUUUGGCCUUUUAUUAGGAUGUUAGUGUCCGUGUCCGACAUUAUCUGCUUUGACAAGGCAACAAGACAAGGAAAAGAAAUACGUCUGACUCGGGGAAUUUUCAUCUCCAAGAGGUCUAUACAUGGAGGAGAUUAUAACCGCGUCAUCAUACUUUUAGCAAUCACUUGGCUCGGUGGAAUUUGUAAAAUCUUCUGAACAGUUGAACUUUGAUCAUUCGUUCUAUACAGUUCUCUAUGAAAGCUGAUGUGAUGUGGUGUCUUUCAUUUUGGUGGACAAGUGCUGCAGCGGCGGUCUUAUACCGCUCCCCUUGUAACGGUUGAUAAGGCUGUAAUAUCACAUCUAGCACAACUAUAAUGUAAUUAUAUGAGGGAGUGACCCUCGGGUGAUUUGUUUUCA